UUGGUGCUGGAGUGUUGCCGUCGUCGUCGUCGUGUAGCGUACCGUGGCCGCGCGUUUAGCUAGUUGCGCUACACAGCCUCGUGAUUAUUUACUGUGAUAUCGCUUUCUUCCCGGACUACUCGAUCGUUGUCUGUUUUCCGAAGCGAAUUAAAACGCACCCACGCAGAUCGCCCAGGUUGCUCCCGACCAGCGUGGUCUCCAGCGGCACGCAGGAUGGGCACAUCGCAAUGGAGAUAGAGGAGCAGCCGCUAUAGUAGACGACCCCAGGUCGUCCCAAUUGACCGGCGCAUCCGCGAUCGUUCCCGAGUAAAGACACGAUCGGCUCGUCCGCGAUGGCUACGACGGCGUCGACGGAGAAGAUGGACAUGGCCAAAGACCUGCCGAAAAAGAAGCUCGUCAACACGAAUCUGAUAUCCCUCAAGUGUCUUCUGUUCAUCUUCUUCGGAGGCCUCGGCUGCCUCUUCCCGUUUCUUCCUCUGCACAUGACGAAGGUGGGAUUGAACAUCGAGGAUGUCCGAUUCAUAUCGACAGUCUCGCCGGCGAUCGCGAUAAUCGGACCCGUGGUAGCGGGACUGAUCGCCGACAAGCUCGCUAGGCGCCACGGUAAGAAUGACAAAUCAUCGAGUGGCCGUUACCUCCGUGUGAUGAUCGCCGUCGCCUGCAUCUUCUCGGCGUUCUUCUACUCGCUGUUGAUGCUAAUGCCUAGAAAGGAUUUCGCUCUAUUGUCGGCCGGGCAAGGCCCACGCUUGAAGUUCAACUGCGAUCGGCACGGAGCGAUGGUACGGCAAGAACGAUGCGAGACUCGUUACGGCUGUCAUCGCUGGACGGACGACGACAGCGGGGUGGGUACCAUGUUGCUGGAGAACUGUAACUACGCCUGUUACCCGACGAGCGGGUCCGGACGACGGUACAACACGGAAUUCGCCUUAGGUACCACGGUGUUCAAGAACGCCGUCGACACCGACCCGGACGCCGAUUUCGAAGGUAGCGGUGCGAUCACGGUCGCACCAUUGGCAGGCGUGCAACAGGAUCACGAAGAGACGAGAAAAACCCGUCGCUACAUUAUCGCCGAGAACGAGCCGCCGCAUCUGUGUUACAAGGACGAGGACGACAACGUCGUCUGUCACGUUUAUACGGAGUACUCGGGCAGCUUGCAGGUGAAUGGUAGCCUCGGGCAAGCUUUGAAUGCCGAAAAUGAAAAGGAAUGGUGCGCCUAUCCGGUGGCUGAAUACUUCUCCUGUCGCAUACCGCCCGAUCUGGAAAUCAGAAUUCAAGCCGAGUUCAAUCAGAGUUGCUCCAUAGAAUGCGACCUGAUCGAUCCGUAUACCCUGCCCGGCAAUGUGCUGGCGGAAAGCCAGUGUCAACCGUUCGGCGAUUGGGCGGUGGCGUCGUGCAACGGCCAGUUUGGCUGCAGACCGUGUGUCUGGAUAUACCUGGCCGUGCGAAUUGCGGAUAUCUUCCCCACGACCGCCGUCGCCUUGAUCGACGCGGCGGUGGUGAUAGCAACCAGGGAGACGUCGUGCGGCCGCGGUGACGUUGGACGUCAAUUGGCCUUCGGCUCUCUCGGUUUCGCCCUGUUUGGACCCUUGGCCGGUUAUCUGAGCGUCUUGACGAGCAAUAUCGGGCCAGCUUAUUGGCUGCCCCUCGUCCUGCACGCCGUGAUGAUGAUCCUCGCGGCCGUCGUCGCCCUGUCGGCGAACGACAUGCCGCUGAGCCCGCCCGAAUGGUGGUGGCACACGAGAAGCGGCAUGCUGGCGUUGCCGAUGAGCGCCGUCAAGAGAUACGGCUGCGAGACCGCCGCCCUCUUCUUCGUUCUGUUAGCCCUGGGAACGUUCUGGAGCGUGAUGGACAGCUAUCUACCCUUGCACUUGCAGAGGCUAGGAGGCGACGAGCUCUCCAUCGGCGUCGCUAUGACGGUCGGCGCGAUACCGGCGUUCUUGUUCCUCUGGAAGUCCGAGCAUCUCGUGGACUAUUGCGGCCACAGCAAUCUUCUCAUCACUGCCUUCACGGUGUACAUAAUUAGGUUCAUCGGACUGAGUCUCGUAGCGGAACCUUGGUGGUCUCUGAUCUCGGAGGCUCUCGAAGUAUUCACCUUAGGAAUAAUGUGGGUUACUGCCAUUCUUUACCUGCGACACUUGGUACCGCGCCAUUUAACGGUGACCGCCCAAGGGCUGCCUGUGAUAGCUCACUUCGGCUUCGGUCGGAGCAUCGGAGCCGCCAUCGGUGCUUACGUCAAUAUCGGCGACGGGGACAUCGUGAACUCGCUUAGAUAUGUUUACUGUUGCAUGGCGGUAGCGGCGGCCGUAGUUGCUGUCCUGUAUUUCAUAUUAUACCACGGUCUACUGAAGCCAAAAUGUCACGCACACACCAUCCAAGGUCCCCGUCAACCUUCCACGAUUGUGCAAGCUGCUAUAAGAGAUUACGAAUUGACAAUGAACGGAAAUGGGAAUUACACGCCACUAAGGGUGUACCAUAACGGAAUGGGCAGAAAGGGCCAAUUUCGAUACUGAGAAGUUAUACGUAAGGAUAAAACCGAAGAGUUCUAGGAAUUGCUGCGACAAUUGCGAUUUCGCAGUGCAACGCAUAUGAGUGUAUCAUCAGCGACGACCUGCUGCCAGCGACCUGUGUGUGUUCUCUCGUGUGUCUUCAUAUCGCUCACUUUAUAUCUCUGAUUUCUAUUUAAGGCGACUCGACGACCAUUACCGUUUCUGUUUCUUAACACGUUCGUUACCAUACACGCGCAACGCAUUAUGCGUUAGCGCGUCUAUUCUCGCGUCACUCAAACAUUAAAUUUGUCCGCUACGCCAGUGCGUGUUAGCUCGGUAGCGGGCGUGUUAAUGUGUUAUUAUUUAUGUAAACUAUUGUACGAAGGACCACUACUUGCUCAAGUACGAGUUGUACGAGCUACACCAUCAGUUUCUACAUUUGUAUUCCAUGAUAGUCCACGUCACGCGAAAUCACAAUGUAUUCGAUGAUGAGUAACAUUGCAUACGAAUGUAAACAUGUUUUCGCGUACCGUAAUACAUAAAAAAAAAGUAAGAGAUUGCGUUCUUCAUAUACAAACGUCCAUGAUCGAGAGCUACGAACUAUCAUGCGGUUUUUUUUUUUAGUUUUCUACCGAGUUGAUUUUCUUUUUGUACACAAAUCGUUGAUUACAAACUCUCUUACAGGGAUACGACUAGAUAAAUGACUUUCUAUGAUAAAAAAAAGAAGAAAAAACAUUACAGCGAGACUUACACGCGUCUUCAUGUGUAAUAUAAGUCGACUAGAUAUCGAUAUGCUGAAAGUAAGAUGUUUACUCGACCAGGCGAAUGUUACGUUUCUGCGAGUUAUAUAUAUAUAUAUAUAUGUAUACGACAAAAAGUGGAAUAAAAAAGUACGUUGGA